AUGCUGCCCGGGCCACUCGCGCCCAUCGACGCCAACAAAACACGCGCCCUCACAACGAUCUACGCUCCGAGGAAACUUAAAACACGGAAGCAUAAAACCGCGCAAACUAGGAUGCUGGAAAACGACAUCCCUAUCAAACCCAGUCUCUCACCCUUCCACCCUCUCCCAGCUAUCGGCCAGAAAGCGGAAAAGACUAAAGUAAUUGUCUUCGAUUUAGACAAACCGAUCACGUUUCACGAAGUGAUGCAACCAUUAACGCCUCUCAGGAUAAAUAGCUUACGGAAGAAUACUUUUAAAAAUUUCAACGCGAAACCACAUUUAAUUCGUGAAAAUACGUACGAUGUGAUCAACCCUAUGUACAUUAACGCGCCAACGAUCGACAAGAAAGAUUGCUCAAGAAAAACAUUUUCGCAACCAACCAAGGAAGUAAAAAUGUCAGCGAAAACGAGAUUCAAAAACGCCGCUCUGCAGGUAGCCAAGUUAUCGUCAAUGUCUAAAGGUAAACUUCUAUGCUUAAGGGAAAGUGAAACAUUCACCUUAUGCAAAAGUAAUGACGACUCUUGCAGACUGCAGAGGAUACCGAAGAGUCCGGCGCAAAAAUUAAAUAAGCUUUCUGAAAUAUUUCAAAGUCUGGAGCUACAGGGCCGGCAACGAGAUAGGUUGCAGAAGGAAAACAGCUGGUUUUGA